AGCCGUCAAAUAUUCGCGGGUGCGAGCCGGGCCGCCGCAGGCAACGACGCCGAGCCCGGGCCGGCGGCUAGCGAGCGAGCGAGCUGAUAAUGAUAUAUACCCCACAUCCACACCCCCAGCAGCAGCAGCCAAGCGCCACGCUCCACCAGUCCACCGGACCAACCAGCCGCGCGCGGUGAUCAGCUAGUGCGGUGGUGUUGCUUUCCGCUCCGUGGGCGCGGACCGGCAUCCAGCGGGGAGGAUGAAGAAGGUGUCGGUGGCCGCGGCGGCGGCAGCGGCGCUGCUGCUGCUGCUGCUGCUGGCGGCGGCGGCGACGGAGGGGAGCGAGCUCAAGCUGGGCUACUACGCCAAGACCUGCCGCGGGUGGGAGAACGUGGUCAAGUACCACGUCGCCAAGGCCAUCCGGGCCAACCGCGCCAGCGGCGCCGCCCUCGUCCGCCUCAUCUUCCACGACUGCUUCGUCAGGGGUUGCGACGCGUCUGUGCUGCUCGACCCGACGCCGGCGAACCCGCACACGGAGAAGACGGCGCCGAUCAACAUCGGGCUGGCGGCGUUCGAGGUGAUCGACGACAUCAAGGCGGCGCUGGAGGAGCGGUGCCCCGGCACGGUGUCGUGCUCGGACAUCGUGGUGUUCGCGGCCCGGGACGCGUCCAGCAUCCUGAGCAACGGGCACGUGCACUUCGACCCGCCGGCGGGGCGCCUCGACGGCAAGGUCUCCCGCGCCGCCGACGCGCAGCGCGACCUCCCGGACUCGACCUUCACGAUCGCCGAGCUGAUCCGCAACUUCCGGCGCAAGAACUUCACGGUGGAGGAGCUGGUGAUCCUGUCCGGGGCGCACGCCGUCGGCGUGGGGCACUGCUCCUCCUUCCGCGCGCGGCUGUCCUCGCCGCCGAGCCAGAUCGUGCCGGCGUACCGGAACCUGCUGUCCGGGCGGUGCGCGGCGGGGCCGGACCCCGUGGUGCCCAACAACGUGCGGGACGAGGACCCCCGCGCGGUGGCGGCGGCGUUCCCGUCGUUCCUGAAGAAGCUGCGGCGGAGCGGGGACUUCCUGGACAACAGCUACUACCACAACAACCUGGCCCGGAUCGUGACCUUCAACUCGGACUGGCAGCUGCUGACGGAGAAGGAGGCGCUGGGGCACGUCAAGGAGUACGCCGAGAACGGGACGCUGUGGGACGAGGACUUCUCCGAGGCGCUGGUGAAGCUCAGCAAGCUGCCCAUGCCGCCGCGCAGCAAGGGGGAGAUCAGGAGCCACUGCCGCGUCGUCAACGGCCACCACCACCACUACCACUAGCUUCGAUCGAUUCCUAUAUAUCUCGCGCUCUGCUGCUGCUGCAGGACGACAACGCAGUGAUUACUAUAUCUCGUUCAUUCUAUCUCUCGCGUUCAUCAUUUGAUUGUUCAUUUUGCUGUUGAUGCUGUACGUUUUUUUUUCCUAUGUGAUUUUUUUGUUGUCUUUCUGGUGUUGUUGGGGGAUGUAAUGUGAUUGAUUUGUUAUAUGAUCUUUGGGUGCACAAAGUCACGGAAAAAAGUUGGGACAUGGUCACAUCCUAAGAACAAACCACUCAAGUUGGUUUGGACUUUGGACAAGAGUCCAAUUUUCUUGUAAUAAGGAUAGAUUGUCCAAUUAAGAAAGUAAAGUAAUUGGCCGGCCGAUUGGCUCGGAACUAACAA